AUGAAGUCUUCCGCCGCCGCUCUGCUUGCAGCCGCUUCCGUGGCGUACGCCCAGCUCGCCAAUGUCUCUGAGCCUUCUCUAACGGAGAUCGAGAAGGCCGCAGCCACAAUUGAGCCGUACUCUCCCGUUUCCAAUGUCGAAGGUCUUGUCUUCAACCGCUUCUAUCAGAUCUGGCUUGAGAACAUUGACUACGAGGAUGCUGCUGCGGACGAGAAUGUGCAAUGGCUGGCUUCGCAAGGUAUCACACUGACCAAUUUCUACGCAGUCACCCAUCCUUCCGAGCCAAAUUACUGUGCCUCGGCCUCUGGCGACACCUUUGGCAUGGACAACGAUGAUUUCCAUCAAAUUCCGGCCAAUGUCUCGACAGUCGCUGAUUUGCUGGACACCAAGAACAUUGCUUGGGGUGAAUAUCAGGAGCACCUUCCUUAUCCUGGCUUCCAAGGGUAUAAUUACUCUAAUCAAGUCACCUAUGCCAAUGACUACGUGCGAAAGCACAACCCCUUGAUUCUGUUCGACUCGAUUGCCCAGAACAGCACUCGCUUGCGUCAGAUCAAGAAUUUUACCAGCUUUGAAGACGACUUGGCCAACAAGAAGCUACCUCAGUGGGCUUUUAUCACUCCCAACAUGACUAACGAUGCUCACGACACAAACAUCACCUUUGCUGCUAAAUGGGAGCGCAGCUGGGUGCCUCCGUUGCUCAACAACUCCUACUUCAUGAACGAUACCUUGUUGCUUCUCACCUUUGAUGAGGACAAGACCUACCCCAAGGGAAACAAAAUCUUCAGUAUUUUGUUGGGUGGUGUGAUUCCCGACAACCUCAAGGGCACUAAGGAUGACACCUUCUACACCCACUACUCCGUCAUUGCGUCCGUCUCGGCCAACUGGGGAUUGCCUUCCCUUGGGCGUUGGGACUGUGGCGCCAACAUCCUCGAAAUUGUGGCCAACAAGACCGGUUACGUCAACUACGAUGUUGACACCACUAAUCUCCACCUUAACGAGACCUACCCUGGCCCGCUCUCUGAUAAUGAUUACUCGGAGUACUCUUCUGCGUGGCCAGUCCCUUUGACUAAUGGCACUUGCUCGGCUGGCCAUGGCAUUCUUGACAUUGUGAAGAAGAACUUUGCCAACACUGAGCCUACUUACAACUACACCAGCCCUUUCCCGUACGACACUAAAUCCAAGUAUAAUGUCGACGUCACUGCCACCAGGAAGCAGAACAGUUCCAACUCCUCUUCCUCUUCUUCUGCUUCAUCAUCUGCCAUUCCCAACACUGGUAGCUCCAUGAUGUUGCCUGGAGUUGCCACUCUUUCGAGUGCCGUUGCAGCUCUGCUGAUGAGCAUUCUGUGAUUGAGGUGCGAUUCUCUUGGGCUGGAUCGUGAUGGGAGAGAACUAUGUGGUUCAUU